ACAUACAGGUAACGAGCCAUGCCACGGCAUCUGAUCCUCAGCAUAUUUUUAGCUGCCGUUGCGUCUACCGCGACAACACAUGCCUUUUUGGCGCGCGGGCGGUGCAAGCCUCCGGGCCAAGGCCGUAGAGGGCGGAUCGAGGCUGCGGGAGUAUCUCAUGGCAUUGGGGCGGGCAAGCUUGUCUGCGGGCGCACUCGUAUCACUCUGCAAAGAAGAGGUGGAAUCACAAUGCAGUUGAAGCCCUCCACCGCUCCACCGUUCACAACGAAGGAGGAGCAAGAGAAGGACAAGGGCAUUAAGGUAUCCCCCUCUGCCUGGAAAUGGCCUAAGUCCUGGCCCUACAACGACGACUACUUUUCUCGCAGACAGGAGGACAGCGUCCCGCUCAAUGGGACUCCAAAUCUCUCCCCCAUCUACGAUAACAAGGCAGCAAAUGCCUUGGCCGAGCACUACCUGCGCUUCCUUCCCCCCUCCGGGUCUCUUCUUGAAAUCGGCGCCUCGGCGCACUCUUAUCUCCCUCCCUCCCUCUCCCCCUCCCGCUUCGUCGGUGUGGGCGUCAACGAGGAGGAAAUGGCGGCCAAUCCUGCCUUGACGGACCGGAUCGUCCAAGACUUGAACGCAGACUUCUCUCUCCCGGCGUCUGCCGUCCCUCCGGACAGCUUCGACGCCGUGCUCAUCGCCAACACGAUGGAGUUUCUGGUCAAGCCCCGGGAGGUGCUGAGGGAGGCUUGGCAGGCCCUCAAACCGGGGGGACACUUGAUUAUAUCCUUUGCGAGCAAGAAUCGCGUGAACGAGGAGCGGCAGAUUAAGAUCUGGGGCAACAUGAACGACGACCAGCGCAUGUGGAUCGUGGGCUCCUUCAUCUACUUCGCCUGCGCGGAGGGCUUCAUCGAGCUCAAGGGCUACGACCUAAGCGAGGGAGACAGCAAGGGCAUGAUGGCCGGUCUCUCCGGGAAGACCCCCUUGCACAUCAUCCAGGCCGUCAAGAACGAGGUCCCGAAGGAGGGCGGGGGGGAGGAGAAUGUGGCGGCGAGGAUGAAGGCGGCCCUGUGGACGGUUUCCUCCAUGGGCGCCGAGGACAAGGCCCUGGCCCUGGCGCGCAUGUUCCAGGUCUGGCGGCAGGCGGGGUCGGAGGCUGAGAAGGAGGGCGUUGUGCAAGCUGUUUUUUCCCUGCCCCGCAUCUACGCGGUGCUCCAGGAGAUGGGCAACGCUAUCCCCCUCCAGCUCAAGGCCCUCCUGGCCACGAGGGUGGCAGUGCACUACCACGGGACGGAGGAGGAGCUGGAGCAGCUCCGACAGGGCCUGGGGCUCUCGGAACCCUCGCCCGACUUCUGGGCGCCUCUGGGAAAGAUGACGGGGAUGAUGAACGCGGAAGACAAGGUCUUGCUUCUGGCCGAGUGCGUGCCUCUUCACGCGGGCAAGGAGGCGGAGAAGCGGGCCUUGGGGGAGCUAGUGCCCACCUUGGAGAAGGUGAUAGCGGUUGUGAAAGAAAAAUGUCCGGAUUUGAAUAAAUCGGACGCCCAACUGCUAGGGGUUGACCUCUGUCUCACGGACUUCUUGUACGUGGCGGAGGAGGAGCGGCGAAGAAGCUUUUUAAGCUGGGUGGGGUCGUUGAAUGAGGCGGACUUGAGGGAGUACCUGAGAGAGCGGCGGAACUUCAAGGGGGAGGGGGAGGAAAUGGAGGAGACAGAGAGAGAAAAGGUAGUUUCCUGAAAGGGUGGGAGGGAUGAUCGGGGGACAAGAGGGGGGAUUUGACGAAGGAAGUGAAGUUUAGGGAGGCGACGGAAAGUAAGAAGCCAAAAU